UUGAACAUGGAAUUCAUUGAGUUGGGUACUAGAUUAGGAUUGAAAGAUGAAGAUUUGAAAGAGAUUGAGCUAGAAACGAUUAAGAGAGAAACAGAGUUACAGAGACAGAAAAACUCAGAGAUAGCUGCUGCAAGUGCUUCUGUAUCAAGUCAGGCUAAACUUCCCAAACUACCAGUUUUUGAAGAAACUAAUGACUGUAUUGACUCCUAUUUACAGAGAUUCGAGAGAUUUGCAUUCAGCGCAAAAUGGGAAGAGUCCAUCUGGGCCAUCAAUCUCAGUGCAUUGUUAAAAGGUAAAGCUCUGGACGUUUAUUCUAGAUUACCUGCAGGUGAAGCUCUCAAUUACAGAUGUCUGAAGCAGGCGCUACUAAAGCGAUUCCAACUGACAGAGGAAGGAUUUCACUCAAAGUUCCGUAAUUCUAAACCAGAACAAGAGGUCAUCAAAGGAUCAGAGAACAUUGGAGCAGAUUUCCUGAGUCGGCAUGUUGCAGAAUAGAUUAGUUUUAAGUGCAUGAACUGUUUAACUUACGGCACAUUUCAUUUACGAUAAAAUGUUACAAAAUUGUAUUUUGUUCUUAGGAAUGGCGGUAUUGUCACAAUUAUGUUCCAACCAUACUCCCAUACUUUUGGUUGAGUUCUAGUAUCUAAAUUUUGUUUGAAAUGCAUUUCCAUACUUUUGAGUUAUUUAUAUAUUUUUGCUUGCAUGAGUGGUCACUGGGUGUAGUAAUACUACUGGAGAAAACCUGUUUAACAGGUAUUAUUUAUUUUUAAAUAAACUUGCUUAGUGGUUUGAAGAGUGAGGUUAGAUGUAUUCUGGGCGACACGCUGUGUGGACGUGUCUGUACUCUUGGUGAGAUAUCUUGGGCGUUUCCCAUGCUGUGUGAUCUUGGGAACGGCAUCCCUGUGUGGGCUUAUUUGUGUGAGAGAGAUACAACCCAGUGACCACGGAGUGGGCACGUGCACGUGGUGGACCAUGCUAUAUCCGUGGACGGACUUAUGGUGGGACAAUUAAUAUCCAAACCAAAACUUAUGUGAGAUGUCUUGUCGAAUGCCAUCUAGUCCAUCCGAGAGAACUGAUGUCAACAACCUCCUAAUUAUUGUAUGUUUGUAAAUAAAUUGUGUUUGUUUUGUAAAUUUUGUUUUGUUUGACUUACAAGGACCAUCCUUUUACCAGAUUGGUGAAAUGUGUUAAGAACCUAGUAUACAAUUUGAAUG